UUCCCUCCCCAUUCAUCCUAUUCUCAAUUCUCAUCUCUCACUCCCUCACUUACUUUUAUAAAACCUUUCCUCUUUCUCUUCUUCUUCUUCACUCCUUCACCAAACCCUAACAAUGGCGUUUCUCUCCUCUUUCUUCUUCUUCUUCUUCCUCCUCCUCUCCAUCUCUCCAUUUCAUCUUUCUUCCUCAAUGGCUGCCUCUCCUUCCCUCCAGACCCUCCACUCCAGCACCCAUUUCUUCAACCCCAAACUUCCCCCAUAUUCCCUCUCCUCUUCCAAGAAAUUUGAGGGCUCCUCCGAUUUCGUCAACCUCCGCUACCACAUGGGCCCUGUUCUUUCCUCUUCUCCCAUCAACAUUUACUUAAUCUGGUACGGCAAAUGGUCCGUCUCCCAGAAAUUGCUAAUCAAGGAUUUUCUCCUCUCAAUUUCACCCUCCCACCCCCCCCGCGCCCCUCCUUCCCCUUCUGUCUCUCAGUGGUGGCAGACCGUAUCCCUUUACACUGAUCAAACCGGCGCUAAUGUCUCCCGCUCCGUCGUCAUCGCCGGCGAACACUCGGACAUCCGCCACUCCCACGGUACCGAUCUCACUCGCCUCUCCAUCCAGAACGUUAUCGCCACCGCCGUCCGAUCCGCGCCGUUCCCGGUCGACCACCGGAACGGGAUGUUUCUGGUGCUUACUUCUCAGGAUGUUACCAUGCAGGACUUUUGUCGAGCAGUUUGUGGGUUUCAUUACUUCACCUUCCCUUCCAUGGUCGGUUACACGCUUCCCUACGCUUGGGUUGGCCAUUCUGGGAAGCAAUGCCCGGAGCAAUGCGCCUAUCCCUUCGCCGUGCCGUCGUAUAUGGCCGGAGGUGGCCCCAGCGCUCUCUCGCCGCCGAAUAGAGACGUGGCGUUGGACGGAAUGAUCAGUGUAAUCGGUCAUGAGUUAGCUGAAGUGGCUUCAAACCCAUUGGUGAAUGCUUGGUACGCGGGCGAGGAUCCGACGGCGCCGACGGAGAUCGGUGACCUCUGUGAGGGGCUGUAUGGGACCGGAGGCGGUGGUGGGUAUAUAGGGCAGGUAAUGAGGGAUGGAGAAGGAAGGACGUUUAAUGUAAAUGGGAGAAAUGGAAGGAAGUUCUUGUUGCAGUGGCUAUGGAGUCCGGUCCUGAAGGCCUGUGCCGGUCCGAAUGCUUUGGAUUGAAUGGUGAAAGUUUAAAAUUGGGAACAAUUUGGUUGUUAUUGUAAUGUAAUUUGAAGCAGAACGGUGGCGGCGCCGGAGAGGUCAGCUCGAGAAACAGCCAUGGAGAAUGGUGGCUCCGGCGUGCCACGAAGGAGGGAUAUAUGCAGGGAGAAGGAGAAGGUUGGGGGUGGCUUUCUAAUUCUAUGGUAUAUAUAAUGUUAUAUCUAAAUUUUGAAAUUUUGAACUUUUUCAUAAAUUUGUUCAAUUUUAUAUUAGAAAUAGGAUCUUUUUUCCUUAUAUUUUUUUUUUUAUUUCUCUUGGUGUUCUACCUCAACAUCUUUAUUUUGAAUUUGAAAGAAUAUACAUACAUAUUCUUUUUCUAAGGUAAAAUCAAGUUGAAGGCUA